CUCUCUCCCGCAGACACCGAUCUUCCUUCCUUCCUUCCUUCCUUCCUUCUCUCUCUCUCGCCACCGACCGUUUCUUCCCGCGAAAAGAUUUUCUACCUUUUCUUCCCAAAAAGCCCCUUCCUUUCAUGGGCAUUCGUUUCUCUACCCCAUGGACUGUUUUGUCAAUACUCCAAAACCCAUAGCCGGUUUUCUUCUCCUUCUAAUCUUCCUUCACACCCUUUUAUAACACACGUACACCCAAAAAAACCGGCGGUUUAUUUCCAAUAAAACCGGGUUUUUAAAAUCUUUCUGUUGUAAAACCGGUCUCAUGGCGUCUGUGUUUAUCUACCAUGUGGUUGGCGAUCUAACCGUUGGGAAGCCGGAACUUGUUGAGUUCUGCGAGACGGAGACCGUCGCAUCGGCGAUCCGAACAAUAGGGGAGUGUACGGAGUGCGGGAUUCCGGUAUGGAAGAGGAGGCAUCAAAAGGGGUUUAUCGAGAACUGCGAUUCAAGGCAGCAGAGGUUUGUUGGGAUUCUGAAUUCGAUGGAUAUCGUUGCGUUCUUGGCGAGGGAAGGGAGCUUGGAGGAUCAGGAGCGGGCGAUGAGGACGCCUGUGGCGGAGGUCGUUGUGCCGAAUAAUUCGCUGUUGAAGGAGGUGGAUCCGGCGACGAGAUUGAUAGAUGCGCUCGAGAUGAUGAAGCAAGGCGUGAGGCGUCUCCUCGUGCCCAAGAGUGUUGCGUGGAAAGGCAUGAGCAAGCGCUUCUCGAUCCUCUACAAUGGGAAAUGGCUAAAAAACCUUGACAUCUCAGGCAGCAGCAGUCCCACCUCUGGUGGCAACAGCAGCCGCCCAUCCUCUUCCUCCCUCAACAGGUUCUGCUGCCUCUCAAGAGAGGAUGUGAUCCGCUUCGUCAUCGGUUGCCUCGGCGCACUUGCCCCGCUCCCACUCUCCUCCAUCUCCUCCCUUGGUGCCAUCACCCCUCAUUACUUCCACAUUGAUGUCGCCUCCCCUGCCAUCGAAGCCGUCCGGAACCUCCCCCAAGACCCGAGCGCGGUCGCUGUUGUUGAGCUUACUGAAGGCAGAAAACACAAGAUAAUCGGAGAGAUCUCGGCCUCCAGGCUAUGGAAAUGUGACUACUUAGCCGCUGCAUGGGCCCUGGCCAACUUCUCGGCAGGUCAAUUCGUAAUGGGCGUCGAAGAUAACCUGACCCAAACUUCAUUUCCGGAUUUCUCUAUCAGUAACCCAGCGGGGAGCGGCGAGGGCAGGGGGCAGAGGCUGAGGAAGUUCAGUAGUAGGAGUAUUGGGUUCUUUAGCAAUCCAUCGAGCCCGAUGGCUGGUGGUGGGAGGAGUAUGUAUAGAGGGCGGAGUGCCCCACUGACGUGCAAGGUCACAAGCUCGUUGGCAGCCGUGAUGGCCCAGAUGCUGUCACACAGGGUGACUCACGUGUGGGUGACCGAAGACGAGUCUGAGGAUGUUUUGGUUGGGGUGGUGGGUUACACUGAUAUACUCAUUGCUAUGACCAAACACCCAGGUGCGGCAGUUCCUACAACUCCUUGAUUUUGAGAGGGGGAUUUGGAGCUUGAAAUUGGGUGUAUGUGUUUUCUUUUCCUUUUUUCUUUCCGUCAUCGUUGUUGUUGUUGUUGUUGUUGAACCUAUAUGGACUUCUGGGGUUACAGAUUUUGUCAGGAAUUUUGAGGUCGGCUGUUUAUCUUCGAAAAGGAUGAUCUGGUGUUUGCUUGGGUUUUUGUAUUAGAUCUUGGAAAUGUAAUUGUGUGUUUAGAUGGUGUAAGGGAAUGGAUUAUGGUUAUCAGUCUAAUAAAGUGGAAAUGUCCAAAUUGGUAUUUCCUUUUUUACAA